UAUAUUAUUUAUUUACAUAGAAUCAGCAUAUGCAACAGAAACGGCUAGACUUCAAAUUUCAAAAUAACUAAUUUCCUUUUCUUAAAGUAGGACUCUAGUAAACUUGCAUAUCAAUUAUUUUUACAAAAGCUUUGAAUAUUGUUUGAGUGUAGAGUACAACAGAAAAAUAUGAUAACUAUAAGUGGUAUUACCUAAAAAAUAAUAUAAGUGCUAAAAUAAUUAAAGGAUGGAUGACUCAACCAAGACAACCUAAUUUGAAAACUGUUUAUAGAAAGAGAAUUGAAAGCAAUAUUAGUGUCUUCACAUGCACUCUUUAUUUUUUCCUUAACCAACUUGGGAUUCUGGGUACACCAUCUCUCCCACUUUCCUCAAACAUUUUGCACUCAAUCAUCUUUUGUAAAAUAAGAUUGUUUCCCCACCACUAGUUAUACUUGAGAUAAAGCAUUAUCUUUUUAGAAUUAAAAAAUCCUGUUUAAAUUGUAUUGGACUACAGUGGCCAAGCUAAAACAAAGAGAGCUCUUGCAAAAGAAUGUCCAGGUUCACAAUAAUUUUUACAUUCAUCGCAUGUUUUAUGACACUUUUCAAAAUAAAAUGUGAUGGCAUGCCACAAUUUGAGAUGUACAUUAAAGGAGGAAAUGCACCAAUGUGUAGAGCGUACAUCAUCGGCGAUUUCUGGGCGCUUACAACAAAAUUUUGUGUUUUGAACAAAGAUGUCAACUCGUUAGCACUGUUUAAUUUUGCUGGAGCUAUAUUUCACCCUGUAAAAAACAUGGAUACUACAGGCUCUAAAUUCUCACACCUGGACAUUGCUCUUCUCAAGGUAGAAAAAUCAAUGGUAGAGCAAGGUAUGGUGGUAAUAUCGCCUGAUAUGCCUCAAGAAGGUGCUCAGCUGUACGAGUCGGUAAAAUUGAUUAACACUACAGUAAUCAGCUAUGACAACUGCACAAAAAUCUAUGGCAACUUCUCAGGGACAUUCUGUUCUACUCAAAAUUCAAUUAUACAGCCAAGCAGCGGCUUGUUUGAAAAUGGUAUGCUGACAGGGAUAUCUAUCUCAUACGGGAGAGUAACCAAUUCAGUAUCCGCUGCAUACGUAACAAGCUGGAUCCUCGAUACAAUGAGUGAAAUCAAGCAAUAGAUUUUUUUUUAGUUUAACUUUUUUUUAAUGUAAACCUUUAUGAAUAAAUUUGUGUUUAUAACAACUUUUUUUUUUACAUGGAUAUAACCAUAUCCAAGAUGUAUAUUUCAAACAAUUCCUUAUAAUUCAAUUUACAAAUUUAAAAUUUAAAAAAAAAA